AAAUUCCCUUUUAUUUAAUUAGAAAGGGCAACCAACACCUAAAUGAGUAUAUAAAUAUAAUUUUAAUGCGGUUUGAUUAACUUAAAGAAGACGAAAACAUAGUUAUCAGAAUUUCAGUGAGUUUUGACAUCGUUAGUUGAAAGAAAUAGAAAAAAUCAUGGUCCAAGCUCAGGUGUGGAACCUCGCAAAGCACUUUGAUGGAUUCCCAGAUGAUAGCAACUUUGAGCUAAAGGUGGAGGAACUUCCUGAACCAAGAGAUGGGGAGGUGCUUCUGGAGGCAGUAUUUCUAAGUGUUGACCCAUACAUGAGGCUGGUCAGUUGUUUCUCUUUAAAUGAAGGCGAUGUGAUGAUUGGAACUCAAGUGGCCAGGGUGAUCCAAAGCAACAACUCAGCUUUUCCCGUAGGAACACAUGUUGUUGCAUCUUGUGGAUGGAGAACCCACACAGUCUGCGAUGGGAAAGGCCUAACAACCCUCAUGGCUGACUGGCCCCAAAAUGUCCCAAUGUCACUGGCUUUGGGAGCCAUCGGCAUGCCAGGACUGACCGCUCUGUACGGCAUCGAGGAGGUCUUGGGGCUCCAGGAGGGCGACACUCUGCUGGUCAACGCUGCAGCGGGGGCCGUGGGCUCUGUGGUGGGCCAGAUCGCCAAAAUAAAGGGCUGCAAGGUGGUGGGUUCAGCAGGCUCCGAUGCAAAGGUGGCAUUUGUUAAAGAGCUGGGCUUUGAUGAGGCCUUCAACUACAAGACUGUAGGAUCCCUGGAGGAGGCUCUGAGGAAGGCUUCUCCAGAUGGAUACGACUGCUACUUUGACAAUGUGGGAGGCCCAUUUACAACCGCUGCCUUGCAACAAAUGAAGAACUUUGGGAGAAUAGCUGUGUGUGGAAGUAUUUCUAUGUACAAUGACUCCACACCUCAGACAGGCCCAUACCCCUAUCUGACUAUGAUCUUCAAGCAAAUUAAGAUGGAGGGCUUCAUGGAGACUAGAUGGGAGCACAAGAACCCUGAAUCCUUAAAAAGACUGAUGGGAUGGAUCAAUGAGGGCAAACUGCAGGGUCGGGAGCACAUUACAAAAGGUUUUGAAAACAUGCCAGCUGCCUUUAUAGGGGUCCUGAAGGGACAAAACAUUGGCAAGGCUAUUGUCUCAGUCUGACGUGGAACGAGAAGAAGGAAUUAAAAAUUUGAAAUAACAAUGAACACGUGACACAUACAUACCAGUUCACCUCAAAUGAAUUUAGGUCAUUUCUGCACUAGAAUAACCUAGAUGAGCCAAGCACUGAACCUGAAGUUGGCUUAGAACUGUGUCCUCCUUGUGACUGUGCUAGUUAGUCACCCAGUAGUCCAAAGGCUUCCUGGAGAAUAAGGUGAAAAACUUUGAGGUGAAGCAGUUAUGAUAGUUUGAAUCUCAGUCUGUGUCUACAGUUUUCUUUCUUUAUAAAAUUUGUAAUAAAGCAGCACAAUCAUGCAAGAACUAAAACAUUCGAACCAUAUAGAAACUCAACACAUUGUAAGUGAACAGCAGAGAUUAAAAUGCAUAGCUGGACACCUUAUCGUGAAUAUGAAAGUAACCCCUUCAGUUCACUAGACUGUAUUAACCUGUUUAUAUUGUUGGCAGCUGUUUAUCUUCUUUUAUAUGGUAAAUACAAUAAAGUCAAAGCCUCGUU